AUGGCCACUUAUCAACCAUAUAGCGAAUACUCCACUGGGGGUGGAUUUGAAAACUCUGAUUCUAGAGGUGGAUCUGCAGAAGGUAGUGGUAAUUCCCUUCGUAUAAGUACAUUGACUCCAGUUACAGUUAAACAGAUUUUGGAAUCAAAACAGUUGAUUCAAGAUGGACCUUUUAUAUCAUAUAAUCAAGAAUUACACUCUAUUUCAUUUGUGGGUGUAGUAAGAAACAUUACUGAUCAUACCUCUAAUAUAUUUCUAACAAUCGAAGAUGGUACUGGUCAAAUAGAAGUAAGGAAAUGGAGUGAAGAUGCUUCCGAUAUAGCUACUUCACAAGAAAACGCUGACAGCGGUAGCAGCGAUUCUCAAAUAGCGAAACAGUAUAAGAUUGGUACUUAUGUGAAAGUAUAUGGUGCUCUGAAAGAAUUUGGUGGUAAGAAAAAUGUUCAAUAUGCAGUUAUCAAAAAUGUCACCUCAUUCAAUGAGAUCAUUGCACACCACUUGGAGGUCAUUAAAUGUCAUGCUAUUGCUAAUGGAAAACUACAGGAUGCAUCAAGGGUUGACGAACAAGCAUCUAAUAACAACGAUCAAUCACUAUUUGUAAAAGAAUCUGAAACAGGUAGUUCAACCAAUCCAUUAGAUAGAAUUUUAGCCUUCUGUAAAGAACAAUGUAGCGGAAAAGACGCCAACACCUUUGCCGUCCCAAUUCCAUUGAUUUCACAAUCUUUAAAUAUCGAUGAAAAUACAGUAAGAGAGUGUUGCAACACAUUAACUGAACAAGGUUUCAUUUAUCCAACUUUUGAUGACAAUAACUUCUUCGCUUUGUAA